AUGUUGUUACAUUUGCAGUUGGGGACGCUGGGGGCAGGCAACCAUUACGCAGAAAUCCAGGUCGUGGAUGAGAUCUUCAAUGAGUAUGCUGCCAAGAAAAUGGGCAUCGACCACAAGGGACAGGUGUGCGUGAUGAUCCACAGCGGAAGCCGAGGCCUGGGCCACCAGGUCGCCACAGAUGCUCUGGUGGCGAUGGAGAAAGCCAUGAAGAGAGACAAGAUUAUCGUCAACGACCGUCAGCUGGCUUGUGCCCGGAUCGCGUCUGUGGAGGGCCAGGACUACCUGAAGGGCAUGGCUGCGGCUGGGAACUACGCCUGGGUCAACCGCUCCUCCAUGACCUUCCUGACUCGCCAGGUGCUGUGACAAGGCUGUAACGUU